AUGGGGGAGCUGAGGUCCACCUCUCCCCGGCCUCGUUUGGACCUGAACAACUUUGACUCGGCCGCAGCAGAGAGGAGCCGCUACGUUUUAACGAGCCCGCGCUCCCUGCAGUCAUGUGCACGACUCGGCAUCAAACCUGUUGAACUUCUGAUCAAAUCGCUAAACGAGCUGAUUGCCGAGCAGAACGACGUGUCCGUCGAGGCGGCGAGGGUCAUGCAUGAAUCCUACGAAAAGGAGAGAAUGAAGCUUUUGCAAAUGUGCCGGGAGGAGCGGGAGAGGAUUAUCCAGGCGGCUGGGGACAGGUGGCCAGGCAGUGAUAGUAAGGUCUCAGGCCUGGAAGUGGCGCAAGAGACCAAACUGAAAGAUCACUCAAGGGACAGACAGACAACGGGGUCCAUCCCAUAUGCAGAUCUGUGCCUUAAAGGGAAAUCUGUGAGUAGGUCGUCCUGCUCAGCUGCUGGCAACAGACACCCCCACAGGAGCACAGUCUGCAGCUUCAGCCUGGGAGACCUCAGACACUCACCAGGGACUGAGAUGACACUGGAGAGGCUCACCAAGGACAUCAAAAAGGAAAUGUGUGUCACAGUGUCUGAGCGAGACCGCAAGAUAGCAGCACUCAUGCUGGUGAAGCACCAAGAGGAGCAGGCUUCCCUGAAGCUCAGUCAGCAAGAGGAGCUGGAGCGACAGGAGGCCCGCAGGCAGGAGGAGGCCCAGCGGGCUCAGGCGGAGAAAAAGAGAAGGAAGAAACUGAAGCAGACUAUGCAAUGCUGGCACGAGGAGCUGGAGGCCCGCAGGAGGCUGCGGGAGCGAAGGGAAGAAGAGAAAGCGGGACAACUUGAGCAGGAGGUGCUGCUGCGGGAAGACAAAUGGAGGAGGCUGAAAGAGGAGGUGGAGGCACAGCGCAGAGAAAAGAUAGAGGUUGCACAGAGAGAGGCAGAGGAGCGCAAAUGCUGCCAGGAGAGGCUGCUGAGAGACAAUGAGGAGGUGGAGAGAAGAAGGCGAGAGAGGGAGAGACAGGUAGGAGUGGAGCGGGAGCAGAAGGCCAGGAGGAGCAAAGUGUCACAGGAGAAGACGAAGAGGAAGAGGCUGGAGGAGGGCAACCGUAGGGAGCUUCUACGACACAUCCUGCUGAAACAGCAGGUGGAGCAGCGGGUGAAGGAAGAGGAGGCACAGAUGAGGAGCACACUUGAGAAGAAGCUGCGACACUCCUGCGAGAAACAUAGCCAGGCUGUAGAUGCUCGGCUCAGGGAGCUGCAGGAGCGGGCGGCCCGGGAAGAGGAGCAGAUUCAGAGAGCGCGGCUGAGGGCCGAGCUGCAGAGCGUCCAGCAUCUCACACACAAACAGAUCCUGGUCCAGCUGAGCCAGUGGCGCAUGGAGAGAGCGGCCCAGCGCGCCUCGGCCCGCCACGAGACCAGAGCUCAGCAGACGCACGAGCACAACAAACACCGGCAGAUCUGCCACCAGAGGCUCAGGGAGAGGAUGCAGAGAGAGGAGGAGGCAGCGAGGAGGGUCAGAGAGAGCUGCAUCUUCAUGAAGGAGUGGAGGAGGGAGAGGCUGCGGAGACAGCGGGAGCAGAUACAGGAGGAGGCGCACAGGCUGGCUCGGGCCUCCUUUCACAUGAGGGAGAGAGUGAGGCAGCAGACGCACAGACGAACCUUUGAUCAGAUGGCUCUGGAGGCUCAGCUGACUGCCUCCAUGAGCCGCAUGAAACUAUGA